AGUGACAGAGUUCAUGUUCUGGUCUGCAUCUAUGAUGCUAAUGCGCCACAAAUGAAUCAGUCUGUUUUACAGAAGAUGAGGGAAAUCAGAGAAGCAGCCAGUGAGCUGGGAAUCCCUCAGCUGGCGAUUCUCAGCCACGUUGAUAAAGCCUGUGGUGAAACAGAAAGAGAUCUGAAAAACGUCUACAAGAGCAAACAUUUAAAGAGAAAGAUGGGUGACUUCAGCUCCAGUCUGGGGAUCCCAAUGAACUGCAUCCUCCCAGUGAAGAACUACAGUGAUGAAAUUCAGCUGCAUCCAGACGUCAACGCUCUGAUCCUGAGUGCUCUGAGGCUGAUGGUUGACUUUGGAGACGACUACGCUGACAAACUGUGAAGCCACAGAACUGUUUGUGGGGAUGUGCAUGAAAA